GGGUUUUAGUCUCUUUCGCUUCCUAGAAGAAGCCGUAACUAGCAGCUUCUUUCCGCUUCUCCCUCCCAAUCACCAAACAAACAAAAUCCACCGAUCAACAACCACCUUUCCCCGCCUCUUCCACCACCCCUCUCUCUAGAUAAUCACUAUUUUUUUCAAUGAUCGAUUCAAUUUUUGUUUUUUAGAAAAAAAAGAAUCGAAUUUCGAUAAUCACUAUUACUGAUUUUUAGAGGCGGCAGCAGAGCACGGAAAAUAUUGUGAUGAGGACUGAAGCGGAGCUGAAAAUGGAAUCCGGUGGGAACAUUGAAAACGGAUCCAAGGACGAUUCUACUUUGAAACGAAGGAUAAAGUUUCAGCUGGCGACUAAACAGUACAUUGGGUUUAAGAACAACACUUCUGAUUUCAAGAUUGAAACUUUAAAUCCUGGUUAUAAUUCGAGAAAGAGGCCCUUCGCUUUUGAGCAUCACCAUCCGGGUCAGUCCGUGAAGAAAGUUGACGGGUCGGAUUUUGUGGAAAAUGGGCUUGAUCCAGAGCUUUGUUUUGGGAUCUCUUUCAGGAAAAUUGGUGCUGGUCUUGAGAAUCUUGGGAACACUUGUUUUCUCAAUUCAGUGGUGCAAUGUCUGACAUACACUGAGCCUUUAGCAGCAUACUUGCAAAGUGGCAAGCAUCAAAAUUCAUGUCAUGUAGCUGGAUUUUGUGCCUUGUGUGCUAUCCAAAAACAUGUGAGCCGUGCUCUACAAUCAAGUGGGAGGUCACUAGUGCCCAAGGAUCUUGUCUCAAAUUUGCGCUGCAUAUCUAGGAACUUCCGCAACGCAAGACAAGAGGAUGCACAUGAGUAUAUGGUUAACUUGCUGGAAUCAAUGCAUAAAUGCUGCUUACCUUCAGGAGUGCCAAGUGAAUCCCCUGCCGCUUAUGAGAAGAGUUUGGUACACAAAAUCUUUGGUGGUCACCUUCGUAGUCAGGUGGAAUGCCAACAAUGUUCUUACUGCUCCAACAAAUUUGAUCCAUUUUUAGAUUUAAGCCUCGAAAUAGCCAAAGCAGAUACCUUGCCAGUUGCACUUCGGAAUUUCACUGCUGCAGAGGUGUUAGAUGGAGGAGAGAAGCAAUACCAGUGUCAGCGAUGCAAGCAGAAAGUCAGGGCUAAGAAAAGGCUUACAGUUCACAAGGCACCACAUGUGCUUACAAUACAUCUAAAACGGUUUCAUGCACAUGAUCCUGGACGUAAGGUUGACAAGAAAGUUAUAUUUGAUCGUUCAUUGGACAUUAAGCCUUUCGUCAGUGGUUCCUAUGAGGGGGAGUUAAAGUACAGUCUAUAUGGUGUACUCGUACAUUAUGGUCAUAAUACUCACUCUGGUCAUUAUGUCUGUUUUGUUCGGACAUCAAGUAAUAUGUGGCACCUCCUCAAUGACAAUCAGGUUCGUCAAGUUAGCGAGAAGACUGUUUUAGAGCAGAAGGCUUAUAUGCUGUUCUACGUUCGUGAUAGAAAAAAUGUUGCAAGAAAACCUUUUGAUGUUGCUCAAAAAGAAAGCAUGAAAGCAAACUUGGGUAGUAACUUUGCGAAUCUGGUUGCCAAGCAAUUCUCGAAGGAACACGUGGAUAGUGGUUUGAUUGGGAAUAGAUUGGAGUCUACCAACUCUUCUGCUGCUGUGAAUAAAAAAGAUGCAUCAAGCAUUGUUCCAUCAUCAGAGAUCUAUCCAAAAGACGCACCAUUUCAGCAAAACAAUAGGCAAAAAUUGCUGAAAGUGCAUCCUGCCUUAGAAACUUCAAGUGCACCAUUGACAUUCCCAUCAAAAGGAGCGUAUUUGGCAAAUUCGGAGCUUAGAGAAUGCUUGCCACCUUCAACUCCCUCCAUGAACAGCAAUAAUGUUACUCCUAAACCUGAAGAGACUUCUACUAUUACUGAGGCCAAAACCAGUGACUGUAAUGUGCCAUCUAAUAGCAGCAGUUGCCUGAAAAACUCUGCUAUCGACAAACUUGUCAGAAAUGAGAUCCCACAAAAGAUUAAUGCUGGCCUAAAUGUGGGGGUGUCAAGUCAAGUUCCAUGUUGGGAUUUUUGUGAUAAAACAUCAGGUGAGGUCCCAAGAUUGGCUCCAUCCGCGGGAUCUACUGACCAGACAUUUGACAAAACAGUCACUGUGAAAUCACCUAACAAGCCAAGCUGUGAAAGCGAUCAGGGUGGAGACAUCCCCAUUAAGAGUUCUGCUGGGAAAACACCUAGUGAUAAGGCUGUUGAAGGUGGGCAACAAACUGCACGCCAGCCGGUUGAGGCAUCAAUCCUGAUUGCUUCAAUCCCACCUGUCAUGCAAAAUGAAUGUUUACAUAGCAAAGCUCCUGCUUGCACACCUAAAAAGAAAUUAGAAAAGAAGCUUCUCAAGCGUAGGAUGCAUCUUGGCUCAAACUUAUUCAGGGUAUCCUUAGGUGUUCACAUGAGGAAAAAACACAAAAAGAGAAAAUGCCUUGCUUUGGAGACCAAUAAUCUCUUCAAAGAAAACUUGCUGGAGCAGCUGGAGAAUGAUGGCUGUUCAUCCCGGUUGGGGCCAUCUACAUCCAAAAUCUCUACAGGUUUAUUGGCUUCGAUGACAUCUCGGAGGAAGACAGCUAAAUCUGGUUCAAGAAAGGGAAAUGAUACAAGAAAGUCCAGUGAUCCUGGGAUGGGUGUCAUACAUGGAGAAUCUAUGGAGAGAAAUAGUGUGAGUGGCACCUUGCUUACAAUGGAUAAACAGAGACAAAAGAGUUCUAUCUCAAUCUCUGAAGUAAAUGGAGGAGAUGCAAGAGAACCUGACUGCACAGAAAAUAGCAAAAGAGAUGCAUCACAGAAUGGGAUAAUGAAUGCCCUUAGUGGGGGUGCAAAGGUGACUGUUGCACCAUGGGAUGGAAUAGAGUUGCCACCUCAGAUUGUGGAAUCCAACGGUGUGGAAAAUCUCAGCAUUGGUUAUGUAGCAAAUGAGUGGGAUGAAGAAUAUGAUCGAGGUAAGAGAAAGAAGCUAAGGCAAUCUCAGCACAACUUUGACGGGCCCAACCUUUUCCAAGCAUUGGCUACAAAGAACACUCAAGUUAAGAAGGCGAAGAUGGACCGAUCUAGGUCUGAAAACCAGCCUUUCAGGAUAUGAAGCGAUCAAUACAGCUAUCAAUUUUGUGGGAUCAUGAUUUGUCGACAUGCUGUUAUAUUAUAUGUGGUAAUUGUUGCUAUGUUUGGCCAAAAUUUUGCCAGGGCGACCUAACGAAAAAUCUACGAUGUUACCAAUUUUGUUUCCUAUAUAUAUAUUUUUUUUUUUUAAUUUUUUUUUUGGUUAUAUUUAUUGGGGAGGGACUUUUGUUAUCUGUAACACCUUAGAUGACUGAGCUGAAAAAGACUUUCAUGUAUUGAGAAAUGUAUUAUCUUCCUGUUAAUUGAAGAACUUUACAAGUUUAUAAUUAGAGAA